AUGCAUUUAAACAGGGAAAACCCAGGUAUUCUUCUUGAAGAGGACAAUAUGACCGGAGGAGUUCAAGUUUCGACUUCGUCGUCGGCACAGAGUACCAAUGGAGUGGGACAUGAACGCCCCAUUCACGAGAACGAGUGGUACAACCAGGAUUUUGACGGCUUUCGCGUGACUGAGCAGCCUCUAUAUACCAAGCGACGUGUCAGAAUAAUCUGUGUUGGCGCUGGUGCUACAGGUCUCCAGAUUGCCUAUAAAGCCGAGCGGAUACUUGAAAAUGUCGACCUCCAGAUAUAUGAAAAGAACAACGACAUAGGUGGAACCUGGCUUGAAAACCGUUAUCCAGGCUGCACCUGUGACAUCCCCUCACACGCGUACCAAUUUACCUGGGCUCGAAAUCCGAACUGGUCCAGCUACUACUCGUCGUCUCGAGAGAUUUGGCAGUAUUUUAGGGAUAUAGCCACCAAGUUCAACCUUGAGAGAUAUAUUCAGUUCAAGUCGAGUGUGGAAUCGGCAGUCUGGCACGAAGACCGGGGCCAGUAUACGCUGAAAAUAAAAGGUGCAGACGGUGUCCAGUUCGAGGACUACUGUGAUAUCUUGAUUAGCGGCUCCGGCAUCCUGAACUCGUGGAAGUACCCCGACAUCCCAGGCCUUGACAUCUUCAAAGGAAAGCUCAUGCACAGCGCCAACUGGGAUGAGGAUUACGAUUUAACAGGCAAGAAAGUGGCCGUCAUUGGUGGUGGUUCUUCCGCUGUUCAACUGAUUCCAUCAAUCCAACCCAAAGUGAAAAAGCUUACGGCAUUCCUUCGCUCAGCAGCGUGGAUCACCACAGGCUUCGGUGCCAAGUAUGCAGCGAAGGAUGGUACCAACUUUGAAUACUCGGAAGAACAGAAAGCUAAGUUUAAAAAAGACCCUGAUUGUUACAUUCAGUACUGCCGCGAUGUUGAAGGAGAACUCAACAAGAGGUUUUCUCUGAUGCAUACCCAGGACAAAGACCAAUUGGACUCGCGAUCUUCCACCGCCGACAUGAUGGCGAAACAACUAAACGGAGAUCCUGUAUUGACAAAACGAAUGAUUCCUGACUUCGCGCUGGGCUGCCGACGGAUGACACCUGGUAGUGGGUAUCUGGAAUCUUUGACCAAAGAGAACGUAGAGACAGUCCACAAAUCCGUGGUAAGGCUCACCGAGACUGGCAUCGUGGACGAAUCCGGCACGGAACACGAAGUGGACGUGGUAAUUUGUGCUACGGGGUUCGACACUUCCUUCACGCCUCAUUUCCAAUUGACCGGCCGCCACGGGGCGAACAUCAAGGAGCAAUUCGGCGAUUUUCCCACUGGAUACUUGGGAAUCACGGUCGACAACUUCCCAAAUUUUUUCAUCUUGAUUGGCCCCAAUGGUCCCACGAGCCAUGGCUCCCUCCUCCAAGUGCUGGAGUGGUACACGCGGUAUGCGUUUCAGAUGAUCGAGAAAUUCCAGACUGAAGGGCUCAAAUCCUUCGAGCCGAAGAAAAGUGUGAUCAAAGACCACUACAAUUACACCCACGAGUUCAUGAAACGCAUGGUUUGGUCAUCGGUCUGUAGAUCAUGGUUCAAGAACGGCAAAGUCCACGGCCCAGUCACGGCCAUCUACCCCGGAAGUCGGCUCCACUUCUUUGAACUACUGAAACAGGUGAGAUGGGAGGACUAUGAUAUCACAUACCUCUCCAAGAACAGAUUUCAGUUCCUGGGCAAUGGCUAUACACAUUGUGAGAUUGGUGACGACACAGACUCAGUCUGGUAUCUGAACGACCCAUUCAACAAGGUGUGA